AUGGCGGCUGAAUUUAUCGGCUACGAUGUGCUUGUGACGCUGCGAGCGCCACCAAAUGCAACUGUGCAGGGAGAAGUGGCUAAUGUCAUCGGCCAACGUCUCAUGCUCCGAAAUGUGAAACUCUCCUGGAUCGGACACCCGCUCCCUUCGUAUUCAAUUGAAGCGCCUGAUAUCGCGGAUCUUUCUUUGGGACCUUCGACUCCGCGCAUCACACAGCGUCCGCCGCCGCCUCAGGGAUCUCAAAACAUAGCCCCCGCACCUCCGCCCCCAACUUCGUCACAAAGCUUCGUGGACCCGGCGAUUCUAAGUUUUUCGAAGCCACCUUCUGCGCCAUCUGGCCAGGGUGCAGAGUCGGGUCCUGCACAGCUUCCAGCCCCUUCCAUUAGCCGGUCCACUUCGCAAAACUUUCAAUUUCCGCAAGUGGCUCAUCGUGAUCAAGCUGCUGUGCUCAACGAACCGUUCAGCAACCUGGAACUUGAUGUUGGAAAGACCGCAAAUGAGAGUCGCAGCGCUGUGCCAAGUGGCCCUGUCCCCACUGGAAGGGAGAAUUUGGUUUCAUCGCAAUCAACUCCGCAGUCCGCCGCGAAAGCCAAUCGUCGCACUGGCCAACCGAGGACCCAAAAGGCAGUCAACGAACACGAUGGGGCGACGAAUACGGACCCAAGAAGCAAAGGCUGGCGCCAGACUGCUUUCGUCGAGCCGUCUUAUCCGCAGAUGAACAAGUCGCUCAAUAAACAACGCCGGAAGAAGAAAAACAACAGGUCGAACUAUGCAGAGGAUCCUAAUGGCUGGGCUACAGAGGAUGCGACGGAUAUCCAGGAGAUGGGCGAGUUCGACUUCCAGAGCAACCUUUCCAAAUUCGACAAGAGAAAGGUGUUCGAAGAAAUUCGUAACGAUGACACUACUGCUGAUGAAGAUCGGCUGGUUAGCUUCAACAGGAAAGUACCAAAGCCUGGAACAAAUGGUGGGAAGAACCUGCAUUGGACAGAAAACGUCCUUGACAGCCCUGAGGAGACCGAGAGCGAGGAUACCGACCAGAUACCCAGCGAUGCAAAACUAAGCAGCGGCACCUAUUCUGGCCGGGAACGGUCGAGGACGUCUCGUGCACCGAGCUCUCGCAAAGGAAGCGCCAUUUUGGGUCAGCCGCUGGUGCCACCGCAGAUCAAUUCCCUCGGACGCAGUCAGCUAAGCACGUCUCGCACAACCAGCCCCCGACCGAACAAGACUUCCGUUUCAGCAUCCCCAAUAAGUGCCCCUGGUGUACCCGGAGGCUCAUUGCGGCUCACUACAACCAAUCGAAGCUGCCCAACUGUCAGUCCAUUGCAAACCAUUGAGGUUGAGCAGAUUGCAGUUGCCGAACUCGGACUGACCGAGGACAUGAUUACGGAAAAUACGGGACGUGGUAUCGCGGAAGCUGCUGUUGGACUUCUUACUAGCGAUGCCGCGGCGCCCACGAUGUUGGUGCUGACAGGCAAUCACCGAACCGGAGCCCGUGCCGUAUCGGCGGCUCGUCAUCUUCGCAAUAGGGGCCACCGCGUGACUGUCUGUAUGCUAGGCAUCGAGCACGAGAAUGAGUUGCUAGAAAGUUGUCGGAAGCAGCUCGAGGUAUUUAAGAAAAUUGGCGGCCGAGUACACCGGUGGGAAGACCUAUCGACCCGGCUCUCGACAUCCGAAUUCGCGCCUGACUUGGUCGUCGACGCCUUGUUCGGGAUUCACAUAGCAUUUGAUGACCUACGCACGGAUGACCAAGCCACUGCCUUUGAGAUGAUAUCUUGGGCCAACCGAAGCAACUUGGAAAUUCUAUCCGUGGACGUGCCUUCGGGGCUGUCUGCUAUGAGUGGUCAGUAUGCCGGAUAUUGUACCCUGUUUGACGUCGGUGCUAACGCGUUUUAUAGGCGAGGUUACUACAGUGGAAGGCGGCCGGCUAUGCGUCAAUUCGAAAUCCGUGGUUUGUCUCGGGGCCCCUAA